AUCUCGAAAAAAAAAACCUACAUGAAUUUGUGAAGAGUUUAUCAAUAUCAUCUCUUUUACUUGCAGAAGUUCUUUCUGUACAUCAAAUGCUCUUUCUUCUACAUCAUGUAUGUACUGAAUUUCUAAAGAGAAUCAUUCUGAUGUCUUCUUUCUGGAAGCAAUGCCCAACAUAAACCAGCAGUAACUGAUAGGGUAAUAACUUCUGCUUGAUGUCUUCUUCUACUAGUUCCAAAAAUCACCCCUCUUCCCCUCAAAACCAGAUAAAAAGAAGGAUUUGGUUUGCAAGGACACAUGCUGAUCACUCAUGGGAUUCUCCAAUGUCAUUUUGAUGAGGUGGUGAAUACUGGACAGGGAAGUGGGGCACUUUGAGAGACAAAUGAUUUGUCUUCUGAUCCCUACUUUAUAUUAGCAGACCAUAGAUCCUUACCAAAUACCUGUUUCCCAGAUAGAUACUUGAGAUCAGCCAGUUAGCAUUUCUGAGCACUUGUCGGCUCCAAAAGCACCAGAAAGUGAUCAAAUGCCAUUGUAAACAAGCCGAAGGGGUCUAAAAUUCCCAUUACUGGCUCUGUGACAUGUCAAAGUCGAAUGGAGCUGUAGUUGGAGGUGCUGUAGGGGCAGUUGCAUUCUUGUCCGUAGUCAUUCUACUUGUGUGGUUCUGCAAGUCACAAUGUAAAAAAUUUGGAAACAGGAAUUCAGAGACAGGUUCUUCAGAUCCAUCUUCACUAGUGGAGUUGGAUAGGGGAGGCGGAUCAAGUUCGGCGGCGGCACCAUCUGGAGCACAGGGAGCCAAGCAGUUCACAAUGAUAGAAUUAGAGCAUGCUACCAAGCAAUUCAGUGAGAGCACUCUCAUUGGGUAUGGAAGCUUCGGUCCGGUUUAUAAAGGUUUUCUCCGUGAUGGGACUGUUGUGGCUAUCAAAAGGCGUCCAGGUCCUCCUCAACAAGAUUUUGUUGCAGAGGUCAGUUUUUUGUCAGAGAUUCGGCAUCGAAAUUUAGUUACUCUUCUUGGUUACUGCCAGGAAAGUGGAUCUCAAAUGCUAAUUUUUGAAUAUUUACCCAAUGGAAGCAUGUGCAAUCACCUCUACGAUACUGGAAUAGAUUCCUCAACUAAAAUAGAGUUCAAGCAAAGGCUAUCCAUUGCUAUAGGGGCCGCUAAAGGUUUAUGCCACUUGCAUGGCCUAAGACCUCCCUUGGUUCACAAGAACUUCAAAACAGCAAAUGUCUUGGUUGAUGAGAACUUCAUUGCUAAGGUUUCAGAUGCAGGGGUCUCAAAACUACUUGAGAAGAUAGAAGAAGCAGGCCCAUCUUGGACAUCCGGUGUCAAUGUUCUACGAGAUCCGGAGGUAGGAGGAUCAGGGGCUGUCUCUGAAAUGAGCGACGUGUACAGCUUUGGGGUAUUUCUUUUGGAGCUUGUGACUGGAAAGGAGGCUUUGCAUAUUGACUCCUUGGGAUCUAAUGAAAGCCUUUACCUAUGGGUGGAAUCACGAUUGAUUUCAAAUGAUUUUGUGGACCACCGGCUAGUUGGAAGGUUUACUGCAGAGGGAAUGAGGGAUUUGAUCAGACUGACACUACAAUGCAUGAGUUUUGCAGGAAAAAGGAGACCAAAGAUGGGAAUGGUUGUGCUAGAACUCGAAAGGAUACAAGAGAAAGAGAUGGCAAUGACCACAGUCAUGGGUGAGGGUACUGCUUCAAUCACUUUAGGGAGCGACCUAUUUACUUCAACUUGAAGAGAGGGAAUGAGCUUUUUGGUGUUUGUUAUGUUUGAGCCAAACCUAAGCUUAAUAACACACUGCAAGCAAACAACUAGCUAUUGAUAAAUUAUUUUGCGAGAGACCAAGAGAGGUGAAACUGCUGUAAUUGAAAUUGAUAAUGUAAGUAUGAUUUUACAAAGUCAAUGAAUGCAAAAUAUUAGCCUUCCAUUUAGAAGGUUAACUUUGAUAA